AUGAAGGUAUCAACACCAAAGAAAAGAAGGUUGGAGUGGAUGACAAUUCGUUCAGAGAAGAAAAAUAAACAAAGAGAAGAUCAAGAAAACAUCCCUCCUAAUUCUGAAGCCAACUCAACAUCACCAAUACAGCCAAACAGAGUUUCUCCUAAUAUCUUGAUCGAUAUAACAAAUGAACAUGAAUCUCCAAGAAUGAAACGGAUGUGUAUUAUAAAAGAGACGAAAGCUAAAAGAAAGAAUGGAGAAUCAUCUUCUGCUUCAGGUAAUAACUUGGAUGAAAACGUUGAAGAACCAUAUAUGGCACCUGAAUCGAGAAAUGACAAUCCCAAAGGAGCUCCAUCGAAAGACCAUGCAUCAUCAUCACGCUCACUUAACUCACUAUAUAACCCAGAAGUAUAUGAUGAAAAUGGAGAUGCAACCUACAGUUGUGAGCAUUGUGGAGCUUUAAUGUGGUACAACAAGCGAAUAGACAAAAGAAGCAAAAAAUCUAAUCCAAAGUUCUCACUAUGUUGUAUGCACAGAAAGAUUGAUCUGCCACUACCACCAUAA